AUGGCAAAGUUAAACCCUCUUUGUACAGUCCUAGUUACAAUUAUCGAAGGCCGCUACUUUCCAGAAACGCCAGAUUCAAAGUUAUACAUUGAAUGCCGCUUUACCGACGAAAUACUCUCGACAAUCACUCCCGACUCCAAUUCAAUAUUAUGCACAGACACUGUCGAACAAACAGGAUGUCCAAUAUGGGAUACUGAAUUGGCAUGGGAGGUAGAUCAGAAGACUUUAAAUCUAUUAAAAUCGCAAUGGGCAAAUCUGAAACUACAAUGCUUCUCUUUGAAUUCAAUGGGGAGAAGCGAACUUAUUGGAUAUUCAAUGUUAGAUCUCAGAGCCGCUGCUUAUAGACCAGGCAAAGAUACAUGGAUUUCGUUAUUGAACCCGAGUGAUCGGGGUCUCUGUCCCGAAGUUCGAGUGGGAUUCUGUAUUUUGACUAAUUUAUCAACGGAUUCAACAUCCAUUGAAGAUUCGAUUGAAGGAACAGUGGUAAACGGGAUAUCUAAUAUAUCUAAACAUCCUAACAUAAAACGAAUAGACACUGGGACAUAUCGUAUUGGCGCAGAACCCGAUGACAUCUUUAUAUUAUCAAUCACAAUUAACUUUGGUGCCAACCUUCAUUUACUAAUUCCAAACUCUGCGUCUUUUCUAUCAGAUAAAUUGAAUACAGACUCGGACACUUCCGCUAUGAAUUCCGCACUCUACUUUCAAUACACUUUUCUCGAAAGUGUUAUAAAGGGAAGUAAAUUCCAUGAUUUAUUUCAUCCUACCAUGAAACCAGAAACAGCAACGUUCAGAUUUCACUCAACUCUGGUAGAUUUCCAAUCUUUUCUCAUUCGGGAAAGUAAACUAGUGGUUAAUCUGUACCAGGAAACGAAACUCAUAGGAUUCGCAGAGAUCCCGUUGACAGGUUUAUUUGAUGCGAAAACUGGAGACCCUCGAUCGCUGGAUAGAGUAUGUCCCAUUUAUAACACAAAGAAAGAACUUUCAAUGUCGCCCGAUGCACAAACACCCAGAAUCGGUAUAUUCUUUGCCGUUCGCAUAGAUGACACAAAUGCAAUUCUUGAUAAUUUGAGAUCGGUGGACUCACCAAAACAGGAUAAAGAUAAAUCUCGAACUGACAACAAUGAUCAAUCGUUACUUGUGGAACACGAGUACCGAGUUCACAUUGAUUUAAAGACAAUAAAAUUAGUCAAGACUUUCCGGGACAUUUUCAUUAGGUACAGUUACCCUGCGUUAGGUAUUACAAACAGCAAGACGACUCAAGACCUUCCUAACGUAGAAGAAGGCAUCGACCAAAGUAUAUCAAAUGGAACAACGGCCAUCGAUGUCAAAAUAACUCCUCUGCGAUUACAAAGAUACUUUGAGACAGUUCCUUUAUUGAUGGAUAUAUGCCAGCAUCUGGAAUCGAAGGAUGUACAAAUCGGAAUAGUAUCUCUCACAUUAGCUGAAGUGUUUCAGGCUGAUUCUACUCGAGACGACGAAACAAAUGUGGAAAUGAUAACGUACAGCACAAGAGCACCAAUUAAAUCGGUAGGCGUAGCAACAAUUCCCGAACUGGGGCAUAUCAACGUAACUAUAAGAAUAGAAGAUUAUGGCGCGAGAGAGUCUGCAGUUCGACAAAACAGUACAUCCAUCUUUCCUCGUCCUUUGUCCGAAGGAUCUCCCCAGCUAGAUGCCGAACAAGAAUACGAAAUAUCUACAGACCCGGGCCGUGUCUCUCGCCUAUCCAACAAUUCUGGUAUGGGUGAUUAUCCCACCCGAUCAGCGCACAAUAGUUUUCGAUCAGAGAUUUUUCAACAAGCAGAAGAAUACAUGAGAUUUAAUCAGGAAGUUCUUCGAUCGAAAAAGGAUGUUUCUCCACAAGGUAUAUACAGAAACAGAGUACAACAAUUACGAGCGAUCGACCACCAGCUUCAGCAGUCUGUGUUGUAUUUCCGAACACGCGACGAGAGUCUAAAGCGUGCCGAAAAGGAUAUAGAAGCACGGUGGCUGGAGCUGGAUAGACAAUUCGAGCAGAAAACUAGGGAAAUGAAACAAGCGCUCGAGAGAGAAUAUCAAGAAAAGGAAAGAAAGUUGAAGCAGACUACGCCGGGGAGCGAAGAGAAGAUAAGAUUGUUGCAAGACGAAGUAGAGAGUCUAAGGAAUGAAUUGGAAUAUUCGAAAAGGGCGGCACAGCAAUAUGAAUCGCAGUGGCUAAGAGCACUAGAGAUCGUUGCGGGAAUGGAUUCCAAUGCCGAAGAGAUUGACGAGUUAUAUGUGACUGGUGGGAUUGAGAACGUUGGAGAUAAUUGGAUGCAAGUAAAAAAGUUGGCAGAAGAGGAAUUAAAGUAUAUGGAUAAUGAUAGACUAGCUUUGGAAAAUCUAAAGAAAGAGCUAGACAAAUUGAGAGCCGUAUGUUGA